ACGGCCAGACCACAACAAUUCUGGCGUUCUCUUUCUCACUCUCUCUCUUCGCAGACAUACCGAUUUACCGGAUUGACUUUCUCUCUCUAGAAGUCGUUUCCCAACUUCGCCGUUUGUAAAUUCAAAUUUCCGGCGCCCGCCGACCUAUUUGGAGCUGCGGUACUUAAUCACUGCUCUCUUUCGUGAUUUCACUGCUUAGGAAGUAUGGGAUCCGGGCUCAAUUUGAAUGAAUGACAAACAGAGGACCUCGCUGCAAUUCGCUAUGAGUUUUCAGCGUGAUUGAUAUUUUUGUCUAGUAGAAUCAUGACGGAAGCGGGAUAUAAUUUCAGUGAUUUGAUUCGAGAAGCUCAAGGUCGAUGGUUGAAACCUGCUGAAGUGCUCUUUAUAUUGCAGAAUCACGAGAACCACCAGAUUGCCCAUGAACCUCCUCAAAAACCAGGAAGUGGAUCUUUGUUUCUUUUCAACAAGAGAGUCCUAAGAUUUUUCCGUAAAGAUGGUCAUAGUUGGAGAAGAAAGAGAGAUGGGAGAACUGUGGGUGAAGCUCAUGAAAGGCUUAAGGUUGGAAGUGCUGAAGCUCUCAAUUGUUAUUAUGCACACGGAGAGCAGAAUCCUAAUUUUCAGAGGCGCAGCUAUUGGAUGUUGGAUCCGGCAUAUGAGCAUAUUGUUCUGGUUCACUACAGAGAUAUAAGUGAGACACAGGGAAGACAGAAUGCUGGAUUUAUGUCACAGUUUUCUCCGGUGUCUUCUACUUCAAGUCAGAGUCCCAGCCCAUACUCUACUCAAUAUGCAGGCUCUUCUGUCGUUGUAAAUGAAUCAUAUGAACCAUACUCUAGUCCUGGAUCUGUGGAGAUUAGUUCCCAUGCAGCCACUACCAGCAAUGGGAUAAGCCAGUCAAGCGUCAGAGAGGGAGUAGAUGAAGUUAGCAGUUCAUCAGCCCGUGAAAUGAGUCUAGCAUUGCGAAAGCUUGAGGAGCAGUUGAGUUUGAAUGAUGACAGCUUUAAAGAAAUUGAUCCACUCUACAAUGACAUAGAUAACUCAGAUGGUGUGCAAAAUAUUUUAGAUGAUCAUAGGACAUUUACUAGGAUGCCUGAGGAUUCAAACAGUCUUCUGUUGCAGCAGCAUUCAGGUUACUUAAGUGAGCAUAAUCAUCAAAUCCCAGGAUAUGAAGUAGAUCCAUGGAAAGAGGCACUAGAAGGCGAUGGGAACUAUUUGGACAGCAAGUUGUAUGGAAAAUAUGUUUACACGGAUGAUAAGAACAUGCUGCUUGCAAGAGAACCAGUGGAAACACCAGAAAACAUGUGGUUUAAUUUUGAUGGAAAGGAGGCUCAAAACCAUUCUAUUACAAUUCCUCAACAAGUUGAAGAUUUCAAAUACCCUCUAUAUUCUCCUGCAGUAAAUACGUACAGAACUGAUCCUAUCCAAUAUACAACAUUAUUUAACCAAGGUCAGAUUGGAAUUUCUCUUGAAGCUGACUUGGGCUUAACUAUUGCUCAAAAGCAGAAAUUUACAAUUAAGGAAAUAUCUCCGGACUGGGGAUAUGCUACAGCGGCUACAAAGGUGGUCAUCAUUGGAUCUUUUCUUUGUGAUCCAUCAGAAAGUGAAUGGGUGUGUAUGUUUGGUGAUGUAGAAGUUCCUGUUCAGAUCAUUCAAGAAGGUGUCAUCCGUUGCCAGGCUCCUCCUCACUUGCCUGGUAAAGUCAACCUCUGCAUUACCACGGGUAACCGGGAAUCAUGCAGUGAGGUUAGGGAGUUUGAGUACCGAGUUGAGUCCACUAGCAAGAUUAAUAGUACAGUUCCUGAAACACAAUGCACUAAUAAGAGUCCUGAGGAAUUAUUGCUGCUCAUCAGAUUUGGACAGAUGCUUCUUUCUGAUGGAUCAAAUGGUAAUUUUGAUAGUUCUGGAUUGGGAAAUGAUUAUUUGGAAAAAGUCAAAGCAGGUGAAGACUCAUGGAGUCAAGUUAUUGAGGCUCUUUUAGUGGGCAGUUCAACAACAAAUCUCACAAUUGAUUGGUUUCUCCAGGAACUCCUGAAAGACAAGUUGCAGCAGUGGAUUUUUUCCAAAUUUCAAGGUAAAACUAACUCGUCUGACUGUAUGUUGUCCAGGAAAGAACAAGGUAUAAUACAUAUGGUUGCUGGGUUGGGAUUUGAGUGGGCAUUGCACCCAAUUUUAAAUGCUGGAGUAAGUGUUAAUUUCCGUGACAUCGCUGGUUGGACUGCCUUACAUUGGGCUGCUCGCUUUGGGAGGGAAAAAAUGGUUGCUGCAUUAAUAGCAUCUGGUGCAUCAGCUGGAGCAGUUACUGAUCCCACUAAACAAGAUCCUAUUGGUAAAACUCCUGCAGCUAUUGCUGCCAAUUGUGGACACAAGGGACUUGCAGGUUAUCUUUCAGAAGUGGCACUAACUAGUCACCUCUCAUCCCUCACAUUGGAAGAAAGCGAGCUCUCAAAAGGAUCUGCUGAUGUGGAAGCAGAAAAAACCAUUGUUAGUGUCUCUACAACAAGUGCCACAACAAAUGAGGAUGAGCUUUCAUUGAAGCACACCUUAGCCGCAGUCAGGAAUGCUGCUCAAGCCGCUGCACGUAUACAAUCUGCAUUUCGGGCACAUUCUUUCAGGAAGAGACAACAGAAAGAAGUUGUUUCUUUUGCUGCUGGGGAUGAAUACUAUACUCUAUCAAAUGACAUUCAGGGUCUUUCAGCUGCGUCUAAGUUAGCAUUCCGUUCAACUCGCGAUUACAACUCAGCAGCUUUAGCUAUUCAAAAGAAAUACCGAGGAUGGAAAGGGCGGAAGGAUUUCCUAACAUUCCGUCAGAAAGUAGUGAAGAUACAGGCUCAUGUACGAGGCUACCAGGUUAGAAAGCAAUACAAGGUAUGUUGGGCUGUGGGGGUUUUAGAGAAGGUAGUACUUAGGUGGCGUAGAAGGGGAGUUGGCCUUCGUGGAUUUCGCCAUGAGACGGAUUCCAUUGAUGAAACCGAGGAUGAAGACAUUCUGAAAGUGUUUCGCAAGCAGAAAGUGGAUGCAACAAUUGACGAGGCUGUCUCAAGGGUUCUGUCAAUGGUUGAAUCUCCAGAGGCACGCCAACAAUAUCAUCGCAUUCUUGAAAAAUAUCGACAGGCUAAGGCUGAGCUUCAAGGUGUGGAAACUGAGGCAACAUCUUCUCAUGAUCCUAGCAUCUCCAGCAUGGAAAAUGAUGACAUAUAUCAGUAUGCAUAGCUGCAAGUUCUACUCGUACUGACCUUUGUUUGUAUAGCAAUACAUGCUCUCUAGUGGCUGUAUAACAUCAAUGAUCUGCCUUACUGUUGUGUGUAUAUGGUUUGGAUUCAAAUGUUAAAUGAUAGUCAAGCAUAUGCUAUGUUGCUUGUAGUUUAUGUAAAUGGUUGGUAGUGAUAAUUAAAUAGGUUGCUGGUUUAAGGACUUAUUUUCUUGAUUUAGUCAGUAUAAAUAAGAAAGCCAAUCUUUACUCCAA